GAAGCACCUCAACGCAGAAGACGAAGAAGAAUCCCGAGCCGUCGGUAGGUCCGUGAAGUAUCCGGUAGUAUCUUCGGUUCAGUUGUCCGGGAAACCCGCCAUGUACGAGCCCUUCCUCUGAAAGCCUUUUCUCAUGAAGGACUCUUCUAUCCGCGCUCACUCUGUGCCCUGCUCAGCGAGGCAGAUGACAAACUAACCCAGCUGUAGGGUGUGAGCUAUCUGAAGCUGCGUUCACGGUCCGCCUUCACGACGUUAUCCACAAGCCAACAUGACACAACAAGCUGCCGCUCUGCAGACCUACAACAAUGAGCUGGUCAAGUGUAUCGAGGACCUGUGCUCCAAGCGGGAGGAGCUGAACCGUCAGAUCAAGCAGGAGGAAGAGGAGAAGGAUCGCCUGCAGCACGACAUCCGAGUCCUCUCGGAGAAGCUGAGCAGAGUCAACGAGAGCCUGGCGCAAAGAAUCUCUGCGCGCGCCACUUUCGACCGCACCAUUGCAGAGACCGAGGCUGCAUACACCAAGAUCUUGGAGAGUUCACAGUCUCUCCUGAGCGUCCUGAAGCAGGAGGCAGGAAACCUCAGUAAAGCCACAGAGCCUCGGAGGAAGGAGCACUAAUGGCAAAGAAAGCUCACUGAACUCUUUGUUUUGACCACAACGCCACACUCGACAUCCGCACUUAACAAGGUUUAUACUCCACUCUGGACCAAUUGUAAUAUAUUUUAUUGAUUAAAUGUAAGUUCUUUACUCUAAUAAAUGUUUCUUAUCACUC